GCAGAGAGCCAAGUACUGACGUCUGACUCAGGGCCUCAGUCGCAGCCUACAGUACAGCCCGCGCGAAUGGCGAGUUCCAGUCAGGACACGCCAGAUGAGUCCAGACACGCGUCUCCACUUUCCAAAGAAUGUGUGUGCAUCGGAAGCCCCUAUCGCCUUCCCCCCGGCACGGACACUUCCUUGCGAGUGGGUAAUCCCCACUAUGGCCGGCGAAUGCAGCUUUAUUGUAGGACGGGCUACAAUCUGGUUAUCAACGAAGAUGCUACUGUCGAGGGCAUCGACGCAGACAUGGACGCAUGUGCUAUCAUGGAAUUUACGUCAGUAGACUUUGGUGGACUUGUCCGCAUUAGAGGAAUAAAAUCUAACUACUAUCUCGCCAUGAACAAGAAAGGACGGCUUUAUGGAGAGCCAAAUCCUGAAGAAGACGAAACUGUAUUUAUAGAAGGCGUUCUUGGACAAUACAACACGUACAUGUCUUAUAAGUAUAAGAAGUUCAAGUGGUAUGUGGCCAUUAAAAAAACUGGCAAACAAAAACCCGGACACAAAACAAAAUGGGGCCAAAAAGCUAUACAGUUUCUGCCACGAAGAACAGCUGAGUAAAUGAACCACAAACAGUAAUAACGCUUAUACAGUAUUUAAUAUAGUAUUAUAUUUAUAUGUGCCAAAGUCCUAUAUUCAAUAAAUUCGUAUUUAUGCUAUAUGUAAGAUUAAACUAUUUUUAUAUGUUGUAAACACUGCUUAUAAAUAAAUCUUUAUUAUAUA